AUGUCCUCCUCUCCAAUCCUCGGCCCUUCGCGCGCCGACUGCCAAUCGCCCUACGAUGAAGAACACAUGGAUUGGGCGUCUUCAGUCCCUAAAAAGUACCACCGGGUGCCAAGACUACUUCGUCGCUCCAAUGUGAUAUUGGUUCUUAUCGAUAUCUUCAUCGUUACUGUCCUUGUCCACAUCUUUUGGCCGCUCAUCACAUUGCUCCGUCGCAACGAGGAGCUUUUUGGCGCACGCCUCGCAUUUACGCUCAACGAUACCUCUAUCCCACCUACUUUGCCUGAGCAGCAGACGAUACCGAGAAUCUUUCACCAGACGAGUGCGAACGAGACAAUCCCUGAGGCGUGGACGGACUUGGUCCAGAGCUGCAAAACCACCUACUCCGACUUUACGUACAUGCACUGGACCGACGACAAAGCCCGCGACUUCAUCUCCGAAGAGUACCCUUGGUUUAUCGACACCUGGGACAACUUCCCAUUCAAUAUCCAGCGCGCCGAUGCCAUCCGUUACUUCGUUCUUCACCACUACGGUGGUAUGUAUCUCGACAUGGACACCCUCUGCAAUGCUUCCAUUCCUUUCGAGCAAAUCGAAGCCAUCGGCUCCAAGCACCACGCCGUCUUCAAGUCUACAACUCCCACCGGCGUCUCCAACGACAUGAUGAUCACAUCAGCCCGUCACCCCGCCUUCACCAAGGCCCUCUCGCGCAUCCAACUCUACAACGACAUCACCAAGCCCUGGAGGCACAUCGUUCCCCACGUCGCAGUCAUGGUCUCAGCCGGGCCACUCUUCCUCACCAUGGCGCUCAAGAACUACCUCCUCGAGCAGCCUUCUCUGCCCGAACAGACUGUGCAGGUCAUCAAUGCGACAUCCCUGGAGCCGUACCUUACAGAUUAUGAGGGUGCGUCGUGGCACCACGGUGAUACCAAGGCUCUGAUGUGGGUUGGCGACCGGCCCUGGGUUUGGUACGCUCUUGGUGCGAUUGGACUUUGCGCAGGAUUGUACUUGCUCAACAUGCUCAUGAUGAAGUGCUGGACGAGAUUCUUUGACAAGACCUCUUCGAACGACGAGUACAAGGAGAGUAUUAAGCUUACGUAG